UUCACGGUUACCUUUGCUCAUUUGCAUUACAAUAAAGUCUAGCAUGUAUAUGAGACAAUUUCGGGUUAUUUUGUAGUUUUAGCCCGAAAUUGCCCCGCAUCCACGUUGGAUUACAUUGUAAUGCAAAUGAGAAAAAUUAAUCGUGAAAAAGGCUAUUUCGUGAUUCGCGUCAUGUUAUUUACAUCAGUCAGGGUAUAAUAACGUUGGAUUAUCAUUUAUUAGCAAUAGUGUCUCGCCUGCAUGCGGUCCCUUUAAAUCACAUAACGUCACAGAGAAUCCAAAUAACUUUCACUAAAGUUCUUUUCCGCUGGAUGAAGCUUGCAGUUUUAGGGCCACUGCCCAAGGAAGGCGUUUAAUGUUGUCAAGAAUAUUUUGCAGUCACCACGUGGACUCUUAGUAAGGCAGUCAUGAUCACGCAUGUACUUCUCGGGAUUCUCACUUUCUUUUGGCCUGCAUACCUCACAGCUGCUUACAGUGAUCACAUUAAAAUGAUAUCAAGCCGUCGUGAUUUGGGUCUGAAAGAUGUUGCUAGGGAAAAACAUGUGUUGUCAGAUAACCCUUGCCCAAUGAAAUACACCAAGAUUGGUUGCUAUAACGACAAGAAAAAGGCAUCCAAGAGAGCUAUGGGAGAUCUGUUGUUCCAAGAUCGAAAAAAAGGGAAAUCGUUCAGUGGUCAGAAGAUAGACUGGGAUCACUGGGACACUUAUUUACCUGGUCUUGUUUGUCGAUGUGCGGAAGCUGCAGCCAACAGAGGAUUUGUAUUCUUUGGGAUUCAAUUUUACGGUGAAUGCUGGAGCAGUGCGGACGCGGCUCAGCAUUUUUUCAAGUACCAUUCAAACGACAAAUGCGUGGAUACGGAAUACGAAGCAUGCGACACUGCUAGUGACAAGGCUUGUGCCGGAGUGGCUCACAUGAACUAUGUUUAUGAAAUUGUUCCAAGUUUCCCAGUCGGAAGUGGUGUGGGGCCUCCAAUAAACCCAGAGGAGUACUGAACUGGUCUCCCAAGUGAAUCGAUCAUCAUAAGUCGAGAACGAACUAAUAAACUUGUUAUCAAAAGAGAAAAAAAUGUGAAAUUUUGUUUCCAGUUUGAAAUAUUGGUUUAUGUCGAUGCAUCAUAUAGUCAUAAUACAACUUAUUUCUGUUGCUUCGAUGGAUAGAGGAUAUAUUAAAUUAAAAAUGAAGGAUAUACACCCA